AUGUCAUUUCUUGUUCUAUACCCAGGAUUUCCGUUGGUUCAAACGAAAAUCAUUGAUUUUUUCGCAUCCAGAGAUAUAGGUAAGAAAAGGAGGCAAAAAAGUUGCAUAGAGGCAUCAAAGAAGAGAAGGAGCCUGUUACCAUAUAGUCCAAGUGAGGAUCCUGCAAGAAGACUAGAACAAAUGACAUCACUAGCCAUAGCAUUGACAGCUACAGAAGCUGAGUUCAGUAAUGAGCUCACAUAUAUUCAUGGCAUGGCUCCUAGGUCAGCUAAUCGUCCUACUUAUGAGAAAGAGGGGAUGCAGGUUUUAUCAAUAGAAGACACUGAGGCCUUGAAUUUGUGCAAGAGCAUGAUGAGGAGAGGGGAAUGCCCUCCACUUAUGGUUGUUUUUGAUCCUGUAGAAGGGUAA